AUGGAAGAGAAGAAAAUGAAAGGAUCCUGGGAGCCACAGAGCUUACAAACUGCUAUUGAUAAGGUUAUGUCAAAAGAACUGAGUGUAAGACAAGCUGCAAUGCGAUACAAUAUUCCUAAAAGCACUAUACAUGAUAAAAUAAAGGCCCUAAAUCGAGGAGAAGAAGUAACAAUGAAACCAAAGUUAGGUAGGUUCACUAACACCUUCUCAGCAGAGUAUGAACAAGUCUUGGUGGACCACAUUAAAGAUUUAUCGAAUAGAUGCAUGCCGCUCAUGAAAAAGGAGUUUCUAAAAUUAGCAUACGACUUAGCUGAAGUCAUGAAGAUUCCUCAUCGAUUUAAUAAAGAAAAAGGCAGUGCUGGUAAACAUUUUUAUUACGACUUCAUGAAAAGGCAUUCUGACAUUUCGUUGAGAGCACCGGAAUCGUCAAGCAUGAUGCGCGCCGUAGGAUUUAACAAACCACAAGUGGAUCUAUUCUACGACAACCUUGAAAAGUUGAUGAAACAGUACAAAUUCACACCCUCAAGAAUUUAUAACUGUGAUGAAACUGGUGUCAGUUGCGUGCACAAACAUCAAAAAGUUCUUGCUCCGAAAGCCAUCCGUCAAGUAGGUAAGCUCACUUCUGCUGAGAGAGGCAAAAAUAUCACAGUUUUGUUCUGUAUGAGUGCUAACGGUCACUUCAUACCCCCAUUUUUCGUAUUUCCUAGGCAAAGAAUGAAUGAAAGGCUAAUGAUGAAUGCUCCAGAUGAGAGCAUCGGUGUGGCCCAGCCAAAAGGGUGGAUGAAUAGUGACUUUUUUUUGCAAUAUCUAAGAAUAUUCGUCAAACACACGCAACCAACCAAAGAGAACCCUGUGUUGCUUCUACUGGAUGGCCAUUGCAGCCACAAGACAUUGGCGGUUAUCAAUUUUUGCAGAGAAAAUCAUAUUCACUUGAUGAGUUCACCACCACACACUACGCACAAGCUUCAGCCUCUGGACAGGACAUUUAUGAAACCAUUUAAAGACGCAUACAACCAACAAUGCGACUUGUGGAUGAGAAUAAAUGCUGGAUGUCGGAUAACGGAUUACGACAUUGCUGGUUUGGUAAAAGAGGCAUUUAUUAAAGUAGCUCGAUUGGAUAUUGCAGUAUCUGGAUUCAAAUGCACUGGAAUCCAUCCAUUUGACAGGCAUUUAUUUUCUGACUUAGAUUAUUUGCCUGCAGAUAUGACCAAUAUACCACCAGAACAAACAGAAACUGCAUCGAAUGCACUAAACAACGAACAAGCUGUCGUGGUAUCAAACUUAAUCACAAAAGAGCAAAUGAAAGAAUCUGAACAAUCUAAUAGUGAUCCUAUAACCACAAGUCCCAAACCGUCGACAAGUUCUGCUCCCGAUCUUGUUCAGAUAAUCCAUAACUUAUCACCGUUGCCUGACGCAGCAAAAAAAACGAACAGCAUCUCGAAAAGAAAGAGUGAACGAAGUGAAAUUUUAACUUCAUCGCCAUACAAAAAAGUGGCAGAAGAAAAAGAAAAUGAAAAGAACAUGAAAGAUAAAAAGAAGGAAAUAAAAUCUAAGUUUGAAGUAGCAAUGGGAGGUAAAGGAAAGCAAACCAAAGGAUUUAAAAGCAAAGGAAAGAGCGUAGACAAAGAAAAAGAAGCGAAAAACGUGAAAGCCAAAGGAAAGAAAGGAAAUGCAGUAGAACCAUUAACUGAAACAUAUAACACAAACAUAACAAUUUGCGUAGUUUGCUUAGAAGACACUGACGAAGACUGGAUCCAGUGCUCAUCCUGUCGUGGGUGGGUACAUGAAGCAUGUGCAGACAUUCCAGAGUGUGGAGAUGGCUACAUAUGUGAUCGAUGCAGGUUAUUUUGA